AUGGAUCAAUAUAUUCUAGACAAUGUCGACCGCUUUCACAAGCUGGUUCAAAGAUGGAAACCCCAGCCAGCCUCAAAGCAGAGAUCUUCGGCACAGGGAUCUACCGAGUCGAAUCCCAACAUGAUUGUGGCAGCUCGGCUUAGAGUCUUGCUCAAAGAAGAACUUGACCUUGGCCUACCUCAGGCUGUCUUUCCUAGGCCCUCAGCUCCGGGCGUGCUGGAUAUACACGAGCUGAAAAGACCGGUUCGAGGACUGGCCGAGCUCCGGUCGGCAGAUUUUCGCGUUGAUCGUGCAUAUGGACCUGAUUCUACUACUGAAGAAAUAUACACCGAUAUCGUGAAGCCAUUGGUGCCUUGGGCACAGAACGGGGGCAUUGGCACACUCUUUGCCUACGGCCAGACAGGCUCGGGCAAGACGUAUACGGUGAGCCGGCUUGAGAAAAUGGUCGCGGAUGAAUUGCUGGGAGGCGAUCACAGCGAAAAACGAACGAUUACAAUGGCUAUGCUUGAGCUCGCGGGCAAUGCAGCAUACGGCAAACGGUUUUGGCAUUCCACAAUUCUAACCAACCUGCUCAACAAGCGUGGACCUGUCUCUAUCCGUGAGGAUGCCUUUGGCGUCAUCCAGCUCAGCGGCGCCCUCGAGCACCGCGUCUCAACCACCAGCGAGAUGCUAUCCUUUAUUGAAACAGCUACGGCGCUGCGCCGCACAGAGGCUACGGAGAAGAACGACGCCUCGUCGCGGUCACACGCCAUAUGCAGAAUUCGCAUUCAGCAAAAGCCCGACGCCCCAGAUGAUGACGCAGACGGGAUGCUCUACCUCGUCGAUCUCGCGGGAUCCGAGGCGGCCAGAGAUACCACGAAUCACGACGCACAGCGGAUGCGCGAGACUCGUGAAAUCAACGCCAGUCUCUCGGUGCUGAAAGACUGUAUCAGAGGCAAAGCCGAGGCGGACACGGCCGCUGCGGAUGCGUCGUCCAAACGGAAGCCUCACGUCCCGUUUCGCCAAACGCCCUUGACCAAGAUCUUGAAGCACGUCUUUGACCCGGCGGCUCUCCGGAAUUGCAAGACUGUCGUCAUCGCUUGUGUGAAUCCGUGUAUUUUAGACUCGGUGCCGAGCAGGAACACACUGCGGUACGCGGAGACAUUGAGAGUGAUUGUGCCCAAGGUCGUCGAGAUCAAGUAUGAUGCCAAAGUUCCCAGAACGUGGGAUAAUAAGCAACUGAGAUCAUGGGUACGAAGCAAUUCUGGCUCACCUCCUGUCGACGCUUCACUACUCGCGCCUUCAGAAACGGGAAUUCAGCUUCUGCGCCUCGACCCAUCAGAAUUCCAGGAUCGAUGUGUUCAGACUCCCGGCGUGACCGCUCAGCAGGCCAUGCUGUUCUACAACAAGGUUUGGGAAAUGCAUAUCGACUCACAGCGAAACCGGCAGCUGCCGUCAAAAUCAAAAUCAAAAGCCGUGGUUGUCCCAACUGCCGGAAGCCGUCCGACUGCCGCGUCAGAUGCGCUCGAACAGGGUUCUAGUCGAGAUAUCAGCACAGGGGCAUCUUCAAUCCAUUUCAAAGAACGGAUUCGUCCCGGGAUGGUGGUCUCGUGGUCACCGCCCCCUGAACUUGCUGAGACUCUGUCAGACAGCAAAGCCUUCGCCCUCAUUCUCUGUCCCGCGUCUGCCGCCGGACCGCAUGCACGGGAUUACCAAGGCAGUCCUGUCCAAGCCGAGCCGGGCCAGAAUGGAGGCGAUUCUGCAAGUUACCUAUGCGCUCUUGUCAUGGCGAAGACCCACUCCGAGACGUAUGAGAUGAAUUUGUGGCGACAGGUCGUCGUUCAAGUUGGCCAGAUGACUGGCGAGGUUAUUCUAAAGUAUGACACUGCCGCUAGGAGCUGGCUCAACCAUGACUCCGAUGUAGAUUAG